AGGCGCCUCUAUUUGCAUUGUUUUUCUGAAAAAACUACCCAAUAACGAAAACACUCUGUGUGGCUGAAGAGAGUGCUGCAUUUGGAGAAAUACUGCUCUCCGUUUGCUUCGCCGUUGGAACCUUUCGCAGCACCAUGGGAUUUUACUGCACCCACCCUUGCGCUCUUGAAGGCAGAGGGGUAGUGGUCAUUUCAGACGCGCUCACCAGACCUAGGAGUGUGCAGAUUGGUGCCUAAAAUGGAAGUAGAUAUAAAUGGAGAAUCCAGAAGUACCCUGAGCACCCUGCCUUUGCCCGUGGCUGAGGUCAGCUCCCCAGGAAAAGCAGAGGCGGAGAAGCCACGCUGCUCCAGCACGCCCUGCUCACCCAUGCGUCGGACUGUGUCGGGUUACCAGAUCCUCCACAUGGACUCUAACUAUUUGGUUGGCUUCACAACCGGCGAGGAACUCCUCAAGUUAGCCCAGAAGUGCACAGGAGGCGAAGAGGGCAAAGGAGAAGCCUUGCCUGCCUUGCGCGCUAAGCAGCUGGACGCAGGACUGGGGCGUUCCUCGCGCUUGUAUAAAACCAGAAGUAGGUACUACCAGCCGUACGAGAUUCCCGCUGUCAAUGGCCGGCGACGAAGACGAAUGCCCAGCUCAGGAGACAAGUGCACCAAGUCCUUACCUUACGAACCUUAUAAGGCCCUUCAUGGGCCUCUGCCUCUAUGUCUUCUUAAAGGUAAGAGGGCUCACUCCAAAUCUCUGGACUACCUCAAUCUAGACAAAAUGAACAUCAAGGAGCCAGCUGACACAGAAGUGCUACAGUACCAGCUUCAACACCUAACCCUCCGAGGGGACCGAGUAUUUGCUAGGAAUAACACAUGAGUGACUCGUGCUGCCGAAACCACGUGAGGUCAGCCUGCACUUGGCUAGAGAAAGUCCCCUGCUGGACUCUGUACAUGACUCUUCACAUUCUAGAUGGUUCUAUCAGCUAAGUGUUUUUAUGUUCCUGGAACAUAAAACUUGGAUCAAAUUUUGAAUACAGUAAUGAAAUCACAGGUACUUGGGAGGGGGGGAAAUCUCAUCCUAGAGCACGUACCUGCAAAGAACACAGAAUGUUGACCGUUAGUUUGUAUAGCUCUUUAGCUAGGAAAAAAGGCUUUGGUACGGGCAUUUCAUCUUAAAUGAUGCUCCAGUCGGGAAUGUUAUCUGCUUGGUUGUUGCUGACUUGGUAUGAUUCAUUAGAAGUUUAUAUCUUCAAUACACAAGUACUUCUCGGAUCUCUGUAUUUUACUAUAAAAUGUAUGUAAUGAUUUGUUUUAUGAAAUUUAGAACUUGAACAUUGCUGAAUUGGACCACUUUUUAUUUUUAAAUAUUAAGUUUAAAUAUUUUAUAACUGGUUUUGCACUGAAAAAAAGUUAACAUUUCAGAUUAAGAGAGUAAUCUUUCUUCACUUGCCUCAAUAAUAUUGAGCAAUGAAUUUUUUAUUUCCGCAUGGAAAGUUAUUGAUCUCUAUGGCUGUAAAACAUUUCUUUAUAGCAUUAUUAAAGUGUGUCUUAAUAAAAUUAAAUUUGGGAUACAAAGUAUUUAUUUUACAAUGAAUGGGUGGGGGGGGAAGUUUUUCCAGAAAGUUCCCAAUAUGAAGUUUUCAUAAGUUGAAAAGUUUUCCUUAGUGCUUAUUUUCUAAUUUAAAAUUCAUCUGGAACUUUAAAAUGGAAAAGAGUCCUUUAAUUGUGGAUCGUGGGCAUAAUGAUGUUUGCAUCUGGAUUUACUGUAAGUGAACAGAACUUUAACAAAGGAUCUCACGAUUUCUACUAUUGAAUGCUUAAACUACGUAUGAAGUAAUACCUUUCAGCAUGGCUUCGGGUCAUUCCAGUUUCAAUUCUGUGCAACCCAGCGCUCACUGAAUUUCCAGUCUAGGAUUAGGGUAGAAGCCUAAGGUGCUUCUACGGUUUUAGUGGGUUAAUCCUGGAUUACCUAGCAGUUUAUGUCAGUUGCACUGGUUUAAUUUGUUGCUGAAGAAGUAAUGCUCUGGCUUUAGGAACAAAUAGAGCUCAACUCUUCUGAAAUAUAUUUUGAAAAAAAAAAUGUAUGUAACUUACCUUUUGUAAGCAUCUCUCUUUCUCUUUUUUUGACUCUUGAAGGUGCGAUUUAUAACUGAUUUGGCAUUUCUGGCAACGUAGAAUUGCAUAUUGUGUGUUUCAUUUUGCAACUCAGUUUCUUAGGUGAUAGUAACCUUGCCUAUGGAAUAAGAGCCCCUUGCAUUAACAAGUGGGGUGAUUUCUGGUACAGUUACGGUUUUUCUUUAGCUAGAAUCAAUGGCAAACUUUAUUUAGAGCAGAAUAACUAUUAGAAAACCCUAGGAACUCUUAAUCAAUGUUUAUUAUACUUUCACUACAGCAAACCAUGUGAAAGAACCUGGGAGAGUUGGCCCGGAGCAUAUUGGGUUGAUCAGAUUUCUUGUGGGGCUGGAUAUUUUCAGCUGUUGUAUAUUUUACAGUAAAUUGCACCUUUGUAACAUAUUGUAUUGACGAAUGAUAACUAAGAUUAACUAUAUCUAUACAGUUAUUAGUUUGACAAGAAAUAGAAUCCUAUCAGAUGCCAAAGAGUUGGGAUUUUUACGUUUAAUGAUUAAACACCGUUAUUUAUUGAUGAUUUACUGAUGGAACUGUAUUAUUUCUAACUAUGAAAUAAAAGGGUGA